AUGUGGGUUGUACGCCCAUUUCAGUGUGGUCGUGGACGAAAUAAAACUAGUUUGAAACAACGACAAAUUGAUUAUCUUAAAACAAUGUUUCAAACUAUAUUUCUUUUUGGACUUGGUAUCGCUAUUUGUUUUCUAAUUACUGAAGUUGGUAAACGUACAAUUGGUCGAUUAAGACCAUAUUAUAUAACUAUUUGUAAUCCUAUUUGGGCUUAUAUUCAAUGUGAAAGGACAUUAUUAACAGCAAGUGGUCCAAUGGUUGUUUCACAAUAUGUUACAAAUCAUUAUUGUAAUUCAACAGCAUCCUCAAGAGAUCUUCAAGAAGCAAGAUUAUCAUUUCCAUCAGGUCAUGCAAGUUAUUCAACAUAUGCAUUUGUCUUUUUAUUUGUUUAUUUUGAAGCACGUCUUGUUUGUCCACGUAUUCAAUUUCUUAAACCAUUUCUUCAAUGUUUAUGUGUCGCAAUAGCAUUUUUUACUUGUUUAUCACGUGUUACAGACAAUAAACAUCAUGCAUCGGAUGUUAUUGGUGGAGCAAUAAUUGGAUUUUGUAUUGCAGUUUUUGCAGCAGUACGUGUUGGUACGUAUUUAUGGAGUUUUAGUGUUUAUUGUGAAACAAUUGAUGAAACAAAAAAAGAUCAUUUACCACAAGAUGAACGUGUUCCUAUACCAGGUAUUGAAACAAAACCAAGUGGUGAAUUACGUUCAAAUGAUCAAAUGCAAUUAGAAAAUAUCAAUCAACACCGUCAACCACCUAUAAUACAUACACCUCAUAAUACGAAAUCAUAUUAUGAUAAUGGUAUAUCUGUACGAGAACAGAAAAAUACUUCGAAUUCUAUAUUUCAUGGAGGACGACGUGUAUCACCAAGUGGACCAUUUGAAGGAACAAAUACUUAA